UGAUAUAAUACACAGGUGAGAGACAGGUAAAAGGUAAUUAGUUGCUGUUACUAAGCAAAACUGAAAAGACGUAAUCAUGGCACCAGUUUUGGGAUAUUGGGAUCUUCGAGGACUCGCUUCGACUAUUCGCAACUUGUUGCAUUACAAAGAAGCUGAAUUCGAAGAUAAGUUGUAUACGAUCGGAGCGGCACCCGAGUACGACGGCUCGGGUUGGUUGAACGAUCGACCAAUAUUAGGUCUUGAUUUCCCCAACCUACCAUAUUACUCUGAUGGGGAUAUCAAAUUGACUCAGAGUACGACGAUUUUACGUCAUUUGGGAAGGAAAUACGGUUUGGUCGGUGACAACGAAGCUGAAACACUGCGCAUCGAAUUGGCUGAACAGCAAGCAAUCGAUUUACGCUAUGGAUUGAUACGUAUGGUGUAUUUCAAUCCGAAUUACGAAACAGACCGAGAGGCUUAUCUGAAACGAUUACCCGAUUUGAUCGCAGAAAUUGAAAAAUUUCUGGGUACAAAUCAAUGGGUUGCUGGCGAUAAAUUGACUUACGUCGACUAUCUUUUAUACGACGCUCUCGACUUUAAUCGGUUAUUCAGCCCAGACGCUUUUCAAGAUGCAGCUGUUGUUAACAACUAUCUUACUCGUUUUGAGAAUAUUCCUCAAAUGAAGGCUUACAUGACAAGCGGUAAAUAUAAGAAAUUUCCCAUCUUCGGUCCUAUGGCUGCAUGGGGUGGACAAAGCGAGUGAUUGCACUCGACAAAAUUUUGCAAAGAAUAUUGGUCAUCAUCACAAAUAGAAUAGUAUUUUGCAUAACAAGGGGCGAAAGUAAAAAAAUUCAAACGUGUGAAGUUUGCAGCCCG